CUACGCCGCCGUUCAGACCGUCGACGACGAUUCCAAUGAAGCCCCGAAUCAGCCCUUCGUCAUCGGGGUCUCCGGAGGGACGGCGUCAGGGAAGACGACCGUGUGCGACAUGAUCAUCCAGCAGCUCCAUGAUCACCGCGUGGUUCUCGUCAAUCAGUCUGGUGGGAAUUCUUACACCAGCUUAAACUGCAUUAGUAACAAGGAUUCCUUUUAUCGUGGUCUUACAGCUGAAGAAUCUGAACGUGUCCAUGAAUAUAAUUUUGAUCAUCCAGAGGCCUUUGAUACAGAACAACUUCUCAAGUGUAUGGGUGAGCUUAAAAGUGGGAAAUCUGUCAAUAUUCCCAUAUAUGACUUUAAGAACCACAGACGAUGUUCUGAAAGUUUUCGAAAGGUUAAUGCAUCAGAUGUUAUAAUUUUGGAGGGAAUUUUAGUCUUCCAUGAUCAACGUGUCCGUGAUUUGAUGGACAUGAAGAUUUUUGUGGACACAGAUGCUGAUGUUAGGCUUGCCCGAAGAAUAAGGCGGGAUACAGUUGAGAGAGGUAGAGAUGUGAACUCCGUGCUUGAACAGAAUCUAACUCGCAACUCUGCUGAACUACAGUAUGGGCGGUUUGUCAAGCCGGCUUUUGAUGAUUUUGUUCUUCCCUCAAAGAAGUAUGCUGAUGUGAUCAUACCACGGGGAGGUGAUAACCACGUUGCAGUUGAUCUAAUUGUACAACAUAUUCGAACAAAGCUUGGCCAGCAUGACUUAUGCAAAAUUUACCCUAAUGUAUAUGUCAUUCAAUCAACAUUCCAGAUAAGAGGUAUGCAUACGCUUAUCCGUGACCGGGAUAUAACUACUCCUGAUUUUGUUUUCUAUUCAGAUCGGCUUAUUCGACUGGUUGUGGAACAUGGCCUUGGCCAUUUGCCAUUCACUGAGAAACAGGUUGUUACACCUACAGGUUCUGUGUACACUGGAGUUGACUUUUGCAAGAAACUCUGCGGAGUGUCUAUUAUCCGAAGUGGUGAAAGCAUGGAGAAUGCACUACGGGCUUGUUGUAAAGGAAUAAAAAUCGGAAAAAUUCUCAUUCACCGUGAUGGAGACAAUGGAAAACAGCUGAUAUAUGAGAAGCUUCCCAAUGAUAUUUCUGAACGGCAUGUUUUACUUCUUGACCCUGUUCUUGCUACAGGUAACUCUGCUAACCAGGCAAUAGAACUCCUCAUAAAGAAAGGUGUUCCAGAGAAUCGCAUAAUCUUCCUGAACCUCAUAUCCGCACCAGAAGGGAUCCAUUGUGUUUGCAAGCGUUUCCCUUCACUGAAAAUUGUGACGUCAGAGAUUGACGUGGCGUUGAAUGAGGAGUUCCGUGUCAUUCCAGGGUUGGGGGAGUUCGGUGAUCGUUAUUUUGGCACUGACAACUGAUAAUGGUUUCUGAAUCAAAUUAUUGCAACUGUUUGUGAAUAUCAGUUGAUUUUAAAAACAUGAAAAUGUAUGAUAAAACCCUAUGAUAACACCGUGGAGGUGUUGAAGGGUGAUGUUCAACAAUUCCCAUGGGAUAGAAUGAGAAUUAAGUAAAUCUAUCCCAAAUUGUAUUUUACCCCAGUUGUUAUUGUCAUGGGGUAGAUUGUGAGGAUUAACAUAACACUUCCCUAAAAUUAUAUUCGAAGUUAAUUUUCCGUCAAUCUGGCCACAAUAAUUAUUAAUAAAUCAGACUGCUUUCUGUUU